UUGGCACAACAUGUAAUCAUCAACAUGGCCGCUUCUGACUGGACACAAUGGUGUUGACUGUAAAUUUUAUGUGCAAAAUUUGUUUUACUGGGUUGUGUUCUAAGAUUUGUUUGUGAAAGUCUUCGUAUGUAUCGGAGACUUACAUCAGAAUCUCAUUAAAGCACUUUUUUUGAACUUCAUACCCGUGGUGUACUGUAAUGCUGAAAUAAUGGCUCAGUGCAAGUCAACCCCUUACGAGUUUGUUCAAAAUGCUUUUUCACCCCUCGUUGCUGUUCUCAGCAGCCCAAUGGCAGAACAACUUUGCCGGAAGAAUAAUCUGUCAUUUGUUGAAAUGGUUCAACCAUUCUGUCGACUGACAUCGGAAGUUCACUUCCGCGAUCCCCUAGGUGCAAAUGUAGCUGUCAAGAAUUUACGUGUGUGUCUGCAAGAUGUUCACUCACGUCCGCCCCAGCCAACACUUGCUCGAAAGUUUUUGAAUGAGUCUGUUUCUAAUGCAAUAAACGAUAAUAAAACUACUCUCACCUUUGGUGAUCAAAAAAUUGAAGUGCCUUCUGCCACCCCAUGGUUUGAGGCAUGGCGUGAAACUUUCUUGCAAGUUCAGUUCCCAGCUGACCAUGAGUUCACCAAGCAUUACCUCGGUUGUAUUGCUGUUGUAUCUGCAGCAGAACCAUCUCCUCUAGAUGUGAUGCGAGGGUUGCGCCAACAGAUGCAGAGCCUGCAAGCUGUAGCUCCGGGUAAAUUACCAAAAUGGAUGGCAACACCUUCUCCUCCUUUACUUUACCAUCUCUUGCUUAAUGAUGUCAAUGAAGGAGAUGCAGCUAAGGCUGAAGCAACAUUCACCUCCAUGAAGUCGGAAUAUGGAGCAAAUAAUUGUUUUCUCUUGAACAUUAAUACUCGGCCACCGGGGCAACAUGAAGAUGUUAGUCAUCUACCAGAUCCUUGGAGCCAAUAUGUCAGUCGUCACUCGGAGACUUCGGCAGAUUCUCACGAGUAUGAUAGUAGCCCAAGGACUCCAGCAGAAAUGAUUGGGGUCACGGGAAUGCCUAACCGUGUGUCAACAGAUGACGCCGAACUUGCUCAAGAAGCCAGUCAAGAAUUGCCUUCGGAACAUAAUUCAGUCGAGUCUGGUGCCUCGUCACCUGUUCCUGUCAUGCAGCAUCCGUUAAGCCCACAGGAAGAUGGCUAUCAGCUUCCUGGCUCAGAAAAUGGUGCUGCAGUUAAUCACAUGAUCGGAAAUGCUCCUCUGAAUACUAAUGUAUGGGCCGGUAUUAAUUCAAGCAAUACACCUGUCAGUACUCCUCUUGGAAACAAUCCUUUGAUUCCUCAUGGUGCAUGUCUCACAACUCCUGACAUUGAUCGUAUCAGAGCCUUUAUUCAUGAUAUGUGUGCGCAUGCUCUUCUCCCUCAUAUUGAGAAACAAAUUCAACAACUUCAUGAUCAAAUUUCGAACAAGAAAAGUGUCAGCCGAUCUCUGUUGGGUGCUACUAAGAGGUGGUUUGGAACAAAUAAACCUGGUGCUCCUAAUUCCACUGUCCCUACCAAUGCUGUUAUUUAUUCUGGAGAUGCUCCCGAGCUUCAACUGCGUCGUAUGGGUGAUUUGUGCUUCAUGUUUCGACAUUACAAACUUGCUUUUGAAGCUUUUCACUCAGCCAAGCGAGAUUUUGCUGCCGAUGGUGCUUGGUUGUAUUAUGCUGGAGCAUUGGAAAUGGCUGCGUUGUCAGUGUUCAUGAUGGGUGAGGGUGGCCGUAAAGCCCAAGAGUACUGUGAGGAAGCUAUUCUUACUUACCUAAACACCUGCAGGUUGCAGCAGUUUGCUACAAGAAGCACCCUUCUUAGCACGGAAUGCUUAAAAAGCCGUGCUCAGUAUGGAGAUGCUGCUAAGCAGCUAUUACGAAUGACUAGUGAAGACUCAGAUUUACGAUCAGCUCUCCUUCUUGAGCAAGCAGCUUUCUGUUAUUUACAAGCUUCCAAACCACCCAUGCUUCGCAAAUUUUCUUUCCAUAUGGUUUUAGCUGGGCACAGAUUUAAUAAAGCCGGUCAAAAGAAGCAUUCUUUGAGGUGCUAUCAGCAAGCAUAUCAGAUUUACAAGGGAAAGGGCUGGAACUUGGCAGAGGAUCACAUUCAUUUUACUAUUGGGAGGCAAGCUGCCUUUUUGCGCUCAACAGAACUUUCUGCUCAAGCCUUUGGACGGCUCUUCAAUCCAGCCAGCAAGCAGUCACCCCUUCAACAAGCAGCAUUUUUGCGGGAAUACCUGCAAAUUUAUCAGCAACUUCCACAUGAAGCAGGACUGUUGCCAAGCUUACCUAUUCCCUUGUUACAAAGCACAUCCAUAGCAGUUCUUGUUGGCCCAUUACCGCCUCCAGUAGAUAAGCAGCAUGGGCCGCAAAUCUUUGCAUCCAGAAUUAAUUUUGUUGAUGAUUCUCUGGAUGAUGCAAGCUCUUGGAUUCAGCUUGAAGAAAAGCUCUUAACAGAAGUGCAGGGAACUGCACUCUUAAUAUUUAAGCCCAUUGCAACCCUUUUCACAAAUCAUACUGACAACAGUAAAAAUCCCUUGUCGGUCAUGAGAGAACCAGUUUCAGUAUCUGUAACAGUUCAGAAUCCAACUGGUGUUCCUUUGCCUCUUUCUAAUGUCCAUUUAUUAUGGGCUUUUAAACCUGCAACUAAUAAUCCAACACCUGAGUCUGAAGAUGAAAGUUGGAUUGAAAAUGAGAAAGUUACAGAAAAAGAAGGCCAACACUUUGUUGAGACAUGUCUUUUGCCACAACUGUUGCUUGAACCAAAUUCAUCACGGCAGCUGGUGUUGUCAGUAAUACCGCGUCAGAGAGGAAACUUGCGUUUGUUGGGUAUUGCAUAUAAAAUAAAUUAUCCAUCACCAUCAUUAGCUGAUGCCAAUACUCCUACUGCUCCUGCUGCUGUUCCAAACCCAGCUGUCUUAUCACCUACCUCAUCAACUCCUCUCUCUGUACAGGGAAAGCAGAUGUUUGUUUUGCAACCAAAAAAAAUCCUUCGUGUUGGUAAAGAACGUCCUACACAAGAAAAUAAACCAGUUGAAGAUAAUCGCCUGAAUGUUAUAAUUGUCCCUGGAGGUCCUCAGCUUCAGGUCAAAAUGAUUGGACUAGUCUCUGAGAUGCUCUGUGGAGAACUACAAAAAGUCCAAAUCGAGCUCAUUAAUAUAGGCAGUGCACCUAUUCAAACACUGCUUAUAGGCUCAAAUACUCCACACCUUUUCACCAUAAUUGAUCUGCCCCAAAUAGAAAAUGGUCCUAAAGGUUUGCCUCAAGUCCAGCGAAUACCUCUUCAAGGACCUCUUAAACCACAAGAGAAGCGAACACUGACUAUGUGGCUAAGAGCACCUGAUAUCCCAGGCUCUGCAGCUCUUAAAAUGCUGUUUUAUUUAGACAGUGGUGACAGCACUAGCUUACCAAAGUAUCGACUUGUACGUCACUACUGGCCACUGACCGUUUUGGAAUCUGUUCAGUUUAGUGCUGAGGCCAGUCGAAGCCAAGCGCUUAGUGCAGAGGAAACAUUAAACAUAAACACAAGAAUCAUGAAUACCAAUAAAGUUCAAGACCUCUUGCUAACCAAAAUCACCUUGUUGCAAGUGUCAUUAGCCAGCCCGACAUGGACCUUAAGCAAUAUUCCUGUCACUAUAACUCCCCAAGAUACAGUUUUAAGCUCCCAGGAAUCGGUGCAACUUCUACUUAGAGCCCGUCGGUGCUCUGUAGGGAGCCCAACAACAUUUUCAGACAUGAGACUCGCUACCUCAUCAGCAGAGCCUAUUGAACCUUGUGCCAACCGACCCCACAGAGACUUCUUACAACGGCUUCCAGAAUGGAACUCUAAUUCUACAAGUUCUUCUGUUGACAAAACCAGUGUGACUGAAGCAGCUCUAGCAAUCUGUAUUACAAUAGUUCUUAAGUGGAAGGCUGCAGUUAUGGACAGUGGUGGUGCUAUUCGCUCAGCGUUUGGUCAAACUCAUCUCACUCUUUCAAGACUCAACAAGCGCACUUCAUGCCCACCUUUGAUUCAAAAUGCAAUUGAGAAAGGCCCUGCAGUUUUACGUGUUUUUGGGCCUGAUAGGAAUGUACCCUCUGAGUCUGACAUUAUUGCUAGUAAAGGAGUUGUUUCUUUGGAAACAAUGCAACAUCUUGUCAUGUACAGCUUAAAGCAUCCCUCUCAUCUCUCCCAUGACUUUAGUAGACAAAGGCUGUGUGUUGUUGAUGUCCAACUUAUCUUACACAAUUGCUGUGAUUCACCUCUCUUUGCUAAAGUCAGUCUCGCAAACUUACCAAGUGGCAUGCCUUCAAAGAGUCAGCUUUACCUUCCCCAUGCCUCCUCUAUAGUGCGUUGGGUAGGCCGCCUAGUGUCAAAUGUGGAAUUGGCUGGUAGAUCUUCCCACACCGUGUCACUACGUGCUGCCAUUCCUGGACCAGGAACUUACAACCUGGGUGCUCACCUGCAAGUGUUCUGCUCUUUGUUGGGCAUUUCAGACAAAGAAGCUGUUCUUCAGCGGAUGCGACUUGAAUCAGCUAUUGUUAUUAGUGAAUCUGUAUGUAAUACAACUGUAAACAGUGCAACUGGAGCUGCUGCUCUUGUGGCAUCAUCAUAGAUGCUGUAGAGGUCCUCUGUUACCAUCUGGUACCUAAGUGUAAUUUUCAUCCUGAAAAUGUUACUUGUAGUACUAGGUAUAUUUAUUUCAGAGAAUGGCAACCAGUAGGGACCAAACCAUUAAAUAUUGUAAUGUUAUAAAUUUAUUUUGGCUUCUUCCUGUUUCUAAUGUGAUCAAGAGUAUAUCUGAAAUUGUAAUGAUAUCAAUUUGUGAUAAGUGUAACCUAUAUUGUUUUUUUGGAGUUUGCACUGUUGCGGGACAGAUUAGUAGGAAGUUUGACUAUAAUUGUGUUAUUGAUGAGGCAGAUGAAUUGUUUGUGUUGCCAUUUAUAUCACACUUGUUCAAUUCAAAGUUACAUCUGAUUUUUUUCUGUGAUUAGUGAUUUUAACAAUGUGUCCACUGACUGAGCUGAUCUAAACUGUCAGUAACUGCUGCCGUAUCAAUUUUCUUACAAUAAACCGUGUCUUCAAUUUUUCUUAAAAACAUAUAUUUUUUUUUACCAAGCAUCAAUUAGAAUUUGUACUUUACUUCUCGUUUUCUUCAUUUAACUUUACUUGUAAAGCUUAAAAUUUAUAGUUGAAUUCCUUCAAUUUUAUCGUUUGCAUCUUUAUAUCCUUGUUUUGUUUGUUUUUUACUUCUUUGUAAUUUCUCUUAUUUGUUUCCCUUUAUUCAUUGAACCUUUUACUGAAUGCCUUGUUUGAUGAAAUGCUGUUAAUAGACUGUAUUUUAAAACAAUAAAUUGUAUUCUCUUUUCAGUAAAUCAUGCUUGCAUUCCUAUUCCAAUUUUAGUUCUACUUAUUAUUGUCAAGGUAAGUUACAGCCAUUGUUGCAACUAGCAGAUUAUGUUAACCAUUCUGUGAUUUUGUUUAACCUGUGUUGUUGUUUUUUAAUGACUCAUCCUGUAGUCUGCGUGUAGAUAUUGUUUCUCAUAAAGAAACAAAUGAAAACCCCAAAGGUUCUGUUAAUCACAGCGUGAUUCCUUCCAGGUUAUCGAUCACAAUCUGGUCUUAAUAAAUUGUACUUUAGACUUUGUUAUGAAAUACUGUUAUGCUAUGCGAGAUAGAAAUAAAUACAUUUGUAUAUUGACUGUUGCA